GAAUGCUAUAUGCAACUCUGACAUUCAUUACCAUCAGACAACAAGAGCAAGGUACCGUGUGAAUUAUCCAGGGAGGUCUCACAGAGUGAAUCCUUGAGCGGGGAGCGUGAUUUAACUAGUGAAAGCGACCCCGAAUUCUGAGUCAAGAAAUAAUUGGAACUUCCUAUAAAGGUUACCCGUUCCCAAGCGUCGCUCAAAUCUCCAUACCCACUCACCUGCCACCGAUUUAUAUCGAGCAGAACAACUUUUGAUCUACCACUCGUUUCAAAUUGCUACAUAUCUUACUGAGACAGGGAAAUUUUCACUCAAAAAACAACGUCGGGAAUCGUCUCGCAAUCAUGAACAUCACAAACAGUACUAUGGAACAGGACCGAUGUGCCGGCCAUAGUGAAACUCCUACACUGAGCUAUCCAUAUUACUGCGCCAUUGCUAUCUGGCAACAUGGACUCAACCGGACGCAAGACCCAUAUGCCGACUUGGUGAAAUGUUGCAAGAGCAACCAGUACAGCUACUACGGCGAGGAUAACCGUGCCGCUUACUGCAACGCGACCAAGGAUACCCAGUCGACUCUGAUGGACUGUCUUACGGAAGGUCACCGUCUCCAGUCAAUUGGUUGUAGCUCUGGGAAGAAUUCUGGAUCCGUGUCGAGCUCGGUGCCCAGCUUGAAAUCCUAUCUUGUUUUGGCUGUGGUUCUUAGCGGCCUUUGUCAACUUUGAAAGAUGGGAUAUUGACAUGUAUGUGGGAUAUGGUUGUUUCAGAUGGAGGAUUCAGUUGGAUUAUGCUAUCUGGGGUUCUGUAUGGCAUGAUCGACUUUUCAUGUUUCGCAACUAGGCAUCAACUUGCAAGCAC